AUGGCAGAAGCACUUCCCGUACCCGUAUUCGCCUCGUUGAAUGAGAUAUAUCCCAGCAAGACCUCAGUCCUGCGUGAAGGGACGAGGUGGAAUGAUCUCCUUGAGGCGUUCAAGGAGCGGUAUGGCGCCUUACCGACUCACGUCGUCAGAGCACCCGGAAGAGUCAACAUAUUGGGCGAACAUAUCGAUUACUCACUCUUCCCCGUCCUUCCAGCUGCGAUAGAACAGGACAUUCUCCUCGCUCUCCGUCCGAUACCCGGGUCUUCAGGCUCCGGACCGAAGGUCGAUUUAUCGAACUUCAACCCUAAAUUCAAGCCGUCCACCUUCCCCCUUCAAGCACCAGCGAGCGGAGCAGGCGAGUGGCACGUCGACUUCACGUCGCCUGCUCAGGGCGGAGGAUGGGAGAACUACGUCAAGGUCGCUUUUGCGCAGUGUCUCUCUGAGUUCUUUGGGGAGGAGGGAAAGGGAGGAGAGGGGAAUGGUCCGGUGGGGAUGCAGGUGAUGAUGAGCGGGAGUGUACCGCCCGGGUCGGGGCUGAGUAGCUCCGCUGCAGUCGUAGUCGGUGCGGUGACCACUUUCCUCGUCGCGAAUGGGAUCAUCGAAGGGGUCACCAAGGGCGAUGUAACGCGUCUUGCUAUCGCUAGCGAGCACCGCAUGGGUCUGAGAACAGGAGGUAUGGACCAAGCUGCUUCCGCCCUUGCGCUCCCCAACUCCCUCCUUCACCUCUCUUUCUUCCCCUCGCUCUCCCCGCUUCCCCUCCCCCUCCCAUCCGGCCUUUCCGUCGUCAUCACAAAUUCCCUGACCCCUCACUCGCUCACCGACACCGCUCCGGUCCAAUACAACCUCCGAGUGGUCGAGUCCAUCUGCGCCGCUCGGGUCUUACUCCAUGCCUGGGGUCUGUCAGAGCACGAGCGCGUCAAGGGGAAGAAGGGCGAGGAUGCACGGGUAUGGCUGCGGGAGGUGUUGGAGAUGUGGAGGCCUGGGAAGGUGGACGAUGAGACUGCAGGAGUACUGGAAGAGGCAGUAGAAGCGGCAGAGAAGGUGUUGGGCGCAAAAGGAAGGGGUGAAAGAGGCUGGACGAGGGAAGAAAUGAGGGAAGCGAGCGGGAUGGAGGAGGGAGAGUUUGACAAGACCUAUCUGGACUUUAUACCCAUACGCGCCGAUCAUUUCCACCUCCUCCCUCGUGUGCUGCACUGCCUGAGGGAAUCUCAGCGCGUCACUCGCUUCACCCAGAUCUGCCGCUCGUUUUCAACUCCCUCAGCGGCCGAUGGCGACGCUUCGUCAGAUCCGCGGAUAGCUGAGCUGGGGAAACUGUUGGUGGAGAGCCAUACGAGCUGUAAGGAGCUGUAUGACUGUACGCAUGCGCAGACGGAUGCCUUGAAGGAAUUGUGCAUGAACGCGGGGGCCAUUGGGUCCAGACAGACCGGUGGAGGAUGGGGCGGAGCUGUCAUCUCGCUGGUUCACACGAGUCAAGCCGAGGCGUUCCUGGGAACGGUUAAAGAGGAGUAUGGGCCUUACAAGGGGCUGAGCGAGGAGAAGCUCCAUGAGGAGGCGUUUGCGACUAUUCCAGGGUGUGGGGCAGGAGUGUAUCUGGUCGAAGGGGAUCUACAAUGA